CGCCGAAACUUCCGCGGCGAGAUGGGCGCGAGAUCGCAGCCGGCGGCGAUCAUGCAAUGCAACAACUCUGUUAGACGCCAUAGAAGAAGAUUAUGAAGAAGGGACGCUUGGUACCCUCGAUGCUGUGGAUCGGCGCUGUCGUGGGCCAAUUUGACACGCCGACUUUACCUCCUGAUUUUGCGCCCGUCGAAUACGACGCUUGUGCAUUCGUGGGAACUGACACGAGUGGCGUCAACCCUCUCUGCUGCCGCUUAUUCAACAAUAUGCAGUUGGACGUGCCGGUAUGCUUUGGCGACACGUGCUACGAAGCCAGCUUUGAUGCGAGCCAGCAGAUUCGAACUAUGUGCUGCGUUGACGGCGGGUGUUACACGACCAGGGAAGGGAUGAUCACGAACGUCCCUACGUCCCAACAAUUCCACCCACCGGCUCCCCAGUCACACCCUCUCCACCGACCGAUACACCGAUCCCAGAUCCAACAACACAGCCUCCAAUUCCACCAACACAACCAAGUAGCACUGAGCCUCCAUUUUCAACAUAUACUCCAUCUGCUACACCAACUCCGCCAACAGACCCACCUAUCUCUGACCCUCUACUCACUCAAGCACCCCCAACGCAGCCUCCAGUGGAGACAGACCCUCCAGCAACUCCAACUCCUCCAACAAACCCUCCAGCAACUCCAACUCCGCCAACAGACGCUCCAGCAACUCCAACUCCUCCAACAAACCCUCCAGCAACUCUAA